CUAGCUCGAACGCGCAUCAGUUAUACGUCCACCGCAUUCGCAGAAUCGCCGCUCUGUCGCCAAAUCCCUCGGACAUGACCCUAGUCUCAAGUGAUCCCAGUUGAUGGCCACAAAUCAAUUCAUAUCGCAUUCUCAGCUAUUUUGUAGGUGCGUAGAGAUUGCCGCCUCUGCUGCGGUGGUAUACGACUGGGCGCUAACUUUCGGACAAGAGGUUGAACUAGUCUGGAGGCAACGUUGGUCCAUCAUGACUGUUUUAUUUCUUGGUAUGCGCUAUGGUGGAAUACCAUAUAUCGUGUAUGUUCGGUGGCUAACAAUUUGUUGCUGCGCUAAUAAGCCAUCUCUCAUGAUCAGCGUCUUCAUACUACAGAGUCUUCCGUCAGUCUCGGUGACAGAUGAUGUGAGCAAUAUUAUGAAUAUCACACUAUGUUGGAUGUCUGCAGUUGUAAAUGCCAUGUUGGGCGUCAUCAUGAUCGCUCGGCUACAUGCCAUGUAUCAACGAUCCAGAAAGAUACUUGUCUUUCUCGUUGUAAUCUUCCUAGCUCUCACAAUCGCCAGCACGGUGAUUGUCGUAAAACAGAGCAGCUAUAUUUCAGGGGAGGAGCUCGUCCUCUCCGGCACCUAUCAGUGCAUCUACCAGGGAAGCAACAGGGUUCAGGCUGCGGAGACUUGGAUACUCGGCACAAUAUGGGAGGUCCUCGCAUUGUGUCUUGCAGUCUGGAUUGUUGUAAAACACUUCCGUGAAUUGCCACGUUCAUCGACCAGACGGACCGUCGGGGACUGCUUCACAGUGUUAAUAAAAUCUCAUGUGGUUUACUUUGCAUGCUUUGCUGCUGUUUCUUGCUUCAACCUCGGUUCUUCCUCUCCAGCAAUUUUGGACUCGUCUUCUGUGGGAACCGAUAUUUAUUAUGGUGCUCUCCAAAUUUUCUCGCUCGUGCAGAUGUUUGUACUCGGACCACGCCUCAUCCUGAGCGUUCGAGAGUAUCAUGCUAAGCUCCAAGUCAUGACUGACUACGACACAAUAACGAACAUGACUCCAAUUGCUUUCCAAGAGAACAUAUAUGUUUCAACUGGUGGUCGUGUGUAACAACUCGGGUACUGUGCAGGAAUUUCAAUCGAAUAGCAAAAUAGGUAUGGGCAGAAUAUCAUGUCGCAUUACUACUGCGACUAGCUGCCCACCUACUUGUACUUGCGCCAAGUUAAAAUUACGCGGAACACCGCGCAAUCCCUUGGUGCUCGGUUCACAAUACGGGUACACAAUACGGGUUAUUGGGCUUUCCACUGCUCGACACUGGCGAGUCGCGACCAACUUGUCGCGUAUCGGAGACCGGUGAUCGGACACGAUAAGCCCCUUACUUUUAUGCUGGGUCGAGAUACUCCUCUACCUAAAGUCGCGAUAGGCAACACAUAUCUCCGAUGACACUUUGUUCAUGGUUCUUACU